AUGCGUCGAAAAUACCGACUAGUAGUUCUUGGUAGUGGUGGAGUAGGAAAAAGCGCUUUAACAGUGAAAUUUGUUUCGGGAAAGUUUGUAGAGAAGUAUGACCCCACAAUUGAAGAUUUCUACCGUAAGGAUAUCUUGGUUGAUGGCGUUCAUCACACCUUGGAAAUUCUGGAUACCGCUGGGACCGAGCAGUUUUCUUCUUUAAGAGAUUUGUAUAUACGGAAUGGCCAGUGCUUUUUGGUUGUUUAUAAUCUUGCCAGUCGUCAAACAUUCAGUGAUAUACGCAACAUGAGGGAUAAUAUAUUGAGAGUUAAGGGUCUUCAACCUGGCUCUGUGAAAUCUGUGCCCAUAGUUCUUGUUGGAAAUAAAGCUGAUUUGGCACUAAACGGUCAUCGAGAAAUAGAUCCCCAAGAGUCAGAAACACUUGCUGCUCAGUGGUGUUGCCCGCAUCUAGAGACAUCAGCAAGAGAUGACGUUGGAGUGAAUGAAGCAUUUUUGGAAGCGGUGCGUCAGCUUUUAAUGCUUGAACCGAAACGUCGGACUUUAUGUGUUAUCGUAUGA